AUGAUGGAGCUCAGAAAUACCCUGGCCAGCUCUCUAGACAAGUUCAUCGAAGACCACCUCCUGUCAAACGCGGAGUUCCGCAGGCAAGUCAGACAAGCCAUCGACACCAUCUGCACUUUCCUGAAGGAGAGGUGUUUCCCAUGUGCCCCUCGCCCAGUUCGGGUGUCCAAAGUUGUGAAGGGCGGCUCCUCAGGCAAAGGCACGACCCUCAGGGGACGAUCAGAUGCUGACCUCGUUGUCUUCCUCACCAAUCUGACAAGUUUUCGGGAACACUUUGAGCGCCGAGGAGAAUUCAUCGAAGAAAUCAGGAGACAGCUGGAAGCCUGUCAGAGAGAGAAAAGAUUUGAAGUGGAGUUUGAGGUCCAGAAACAGCAGAAUCCCCGCGCUCUCAGCUUUGUGCUGAGGUCCCCCAACCAGGCGGUGGAGUUCGAUGUCUUGCCUGCCUUUGAUGCCCUGGGUCAGUUGACCAAAGGUUCCAGACCUGACCCUCAAAUCUACGUCCGGCUCAUCCAAGAGUGCGAGAAACUGGGGGGAGAGGGCGAGUUCUCCCCCUGCUUCACGGAGCUGCAGAGAGCCUUCCUGAAGGAGCGUCCGGCCAAGCUGAAGAGCCUCAUCCGCCUGGUGAAGCACUGGUACCAACUGUGUAAGAUGAAGUAUGAGCAUAAGCUGCCCCCACAGUAUGCCCUGGAGCUGCUGACCAUCUAUGCCUGGGAACAAGGAAGCUCCAAACCAGAAUUCAGCACAGCUCAGGGAUUUCGGACUGUUUUAGCAUUAAUCCUGAAGCAUCAGGACCUCUGCAUCUACUGGAAAAAGUAUUAUGACUUUGAAAACCCUACGAUUAGCCAAUACCUGAGGAGACAACUUGCUAAACCCAGGCCUGUGAUUCUGGACCCGGCUGACCCAACUGGAAAUGUGGCUGGUGGAGAUCCACAGACGUGGCAGCUGCUGGCACAGGAGGUUAAAAUCUGGCUCAAGUAUUCGUGCUGUAAGAAGUUGAGUGGGAAGCCAGUGGGCACCUGGAACGUGCGGGUGAGAACUCCUGAUUUCUUCAUGUGA